AGCACUCCGAUGCUGACGUUCAGAACUUUUCGAUAUCCGGUAACACGGCUUCCGGUCAGACGCAGGGCCAGCAACAUGGCCGCGGGCAGACGUCAGCCGCCUCGCAGACGAACACUUCCAGCAACGGGGUGCAGGAGUGCGCCAUCUGCCGGGAUAAAUCAACUGGCAAGCAUUAUGGAGCAUUUAGAUUGAUUUGCAGAAUGUGAGUCAAGUGCCGGUGCUGGAGAUGCAGAGCAAGAGGGCGGCCUCGCUGGAGGACGUGGCUGAGUCGAUGAAGCAGCAGCUGCUGGUGCUGGUGGAGUGGGCCAAGCUCAUCCCCUGCUUCUGUGAGCUGCCGCUGGACGAUCAGGUUGCUCUUUUGAGAGCUCAUGCUGGAGAGCACCUUCUGCUGGGCGUGGCCAAGCGGUCGAUCCCGCUCACUGAUCUGCUGUUGCUUAGCAACGACUCCAUCAUCACCCGACACAACACGGACUCUGAUGUGGCCCACAUCGCCAGCCGCAUCCUGGACGAGAUUGUCACGCCAAUGAAGGAAGUACAGAUUGACGAGUCGGAGUUUGCCUGCCUUAAAGCACUCGUCUUCUUUGAUCCCAUUGCCCAAGGCCUGAGCAAUGUCCAGAAGGUGAAACAGUUCCGCUUCCAAGUGCAGGUGAACCUAGAGGACUACAUCAAUGACCGACAGUACGACAGUCGCGGUCGCUUUGGGGAAAUCCUCUUGCUUCUUCCAUCACUACAGUCCAUCUGCUGGAGGAUGAUAGAGCAAAUCCAGUUUGCCAAACUCUUUGGCAUGGCCCGAAUUGACAAUCUGCUGACAGAAAUGCUGCUCGGAGGCUCCAACACAGCGGAUGCCACUGACAUCGUAGCUUCUCCAGUGCUAGCCAAGUCGGUUCUGAACAGCCCAGUGGGUGGUAUGGUUGCCUCCCCUCCUAUGGACGAUGUCAUGAGUGGUCUGGCGGCCUCUGGCGAGACUCUGAACCUGAUGACCGUGUCGUCAAAUGCCAACGAUUACAGCCCAGAUGGCAUGGGCCAUAACGCGUCUCUGGAGGCCAGCCACAUCAUGCUGAGUCUGGCGGAGCAGAGCACAACUGGUCAGAGACAGCAGUCGCAGGGCUCGGCUGCACAGCUCAUCAGUUCCACUGCGGCUGUCGCUGCCGCUGCCAGGGCCGGACAAGAAGGAGGGGAGAUGAUGGGUCAUCACAUGAUUGCCAUUUCCUCACCUCCGGAUCACAAGCAGCACAUUCCCUUAGUGGAGAGAGGGGCGGGUUCGAUCACACCAUUGCAGAAUAUGAGAGGUGGAGGAGGAGAGGAGCAGACGAAAAUACUGGCAGCACCAAACGGACAGAUCUUCAAGCAGGAAGUCAUUUAGAGUGGAGAAUUAAAGUGUGGUUAACGGUUUACUGUUCCCGUAAGGGGAACUGCUGUUUAUGCUGCAGUGGUAACUAGGCUUAUUAUCAGCCUUUUUGUUGUUUACUAUUUUUGAAACUUGAGAAUAGAUUAACUAAAAUGCAUACAAAGAUUGUAUUAUAGUUUCUUGUUUACAUCAAAGUGAGGAUACUCUGCUGCCUGUUGUUUGUUAAUCUUCCUCACGGAGUAUGCUAUACAGCGAUUUUCUACUAAGUUUUUGCUAGUUUUGGUACAUUAUGUGGUCUGCUUACACUUUUCCAUCCUAAAAGACUUUAAAAACGUUCAUUUCUCGAAUUCGAUCGCUCUUACUGAAGACAGAACAUGAACAUUUUGUAAUUUUACUCUCUGAUCUUUAUGUCAUUCGAGUUAAUCUUUUGUUUUUCUGGUCAACUAAACGGUCAUGUGUCUGAUAUUGUAUGUUUUGUUGAAAACUUCCAUCAUAGGAGUAAUUGUUACUGCCACUUUGUUUGCCCACUUUUACCUGACUGUGCCUGUCUGCAAAACAUAUCAAGCUCUAUGUCUUUCCUAGGACAAACAGAAUGGUUUCAUUGUCCCUCAUCAUAGUAAAACUAAUCAUUUUUUCAUUUGUCUCCUGGCUUCCUGUCUUCUUUUCUCUGCCUUGAAGCCUCUACACACCUCCACAUUCCUGUUUUGUCCUUGUCUCUGUUCUCUCUUAUCCCUUUCACUCUUUUUUUUUUGUUCUUCCCAGCUCUGUGUGGAUAUAAAUGAGUCAACAAAGUGAUUCAUUUUUUUCUUGCUCUAAGAAAUGCCUGCAUACAUUUGUUCUCGGGAUUUUUUAACGUUCCUGUUUAGUCACUUUUGAUGCGCACUUUUGAUGCGCACUUUUGAUCAAGAGCAUUUUUGGGGUUUUCUCUCAAUUUCUCUGGUGCAGUAAUGUAAAGCCACUUUGCCUUCACAGAAUGUUCUUCUAAAUUUUUCUGGUAGGUCAUACCUUGAUGGUGUCUGUCCCAAACUGGCCAGUUCCUGUAGAAUGUUUAUUUUGCACAAGAGACGAAAGACCAUCUAUUUCUAGCCGUUUUAGUCUAUGAUUUUUUUCAUUUGAGAUAUAAGAGAAAGCCAGAUAUGGUUUCCUUCACUUUUAGUGUGAAAGUGCACCUACACGAAAUGCAGAUUUUUUUUUUUGUUUCAGGUUAAAGCUUGUGGAAUUUCUUUUUUUUUAUAUUUCAAACUGGAUGACUUUGGACCUGACACUAUCAAUGAUUCAUUUACCUACGCCUUUAGUUUUUUGGGGGGUUUCUUUCUCUUUUCCCACCCAGCCGUUUCUAUUUCACAGUGUAGACAUAUUUCUGUUUCUCUGUGUAGGAAUAUUCUCAACAAACCAGCUGGUAUUGCUGUAGUCCUACAGACUGUUCAAUUCUACCUGGUUGAGUAAGAGUUCUUUUUUAACCCAGUGGGGUUAACACUUUGCCCCCACGGGACGCCGAUCGGCUACUAUACAGUAAGAAGCCGUCCCUUUUCCCCACAGGAAUCCGAUCGGGGGCGGUGUGAUAUAGCGUGUACCGCACCUGUAUCCUGGUCCGUGGGGAUAAGUGUUGCGCGCUGUGCAUGCUGCGUGGGUGGAAAGUAGCUGUAGGGUUUUUGAUGGUCAUUAACUGCUACCUGUAUCACAUGUGUAUGGGUAAUUUGUUGGUUAUGAUUUUUAGUCGAAUAUUGAUCAUUAUGCAAGCUGUUUUUGCUGAAAUGGAUGAAGGAACAGCUAAUAAGGCUUUGGUCUUUGGUCUUUGGUUUAAAGAUGAUCAUGUUCUCCAAAAAUAUAAUUAUAAGGUCAUAUUUAGCCUUUGUAAUGAAAUGUGAAAAUUUGAAGUAAAGAAAUUCCAGAAGAUAACCAUCAAUUUUUUUAAAAACCUUGAAACAAAGUCCUUUGGUGCAGAAUCCAAGGCUGAAUAUUUUUAUACAAGUGAAAUGCAUAUUUCCAUCCUGGUAUGAGCUACUGGUGGAACACUUUACAAAAACAUCAUCAUCAAGGCCAUAUCAUCAUGGUUUUACUCCUUCUCAAAGCUCUAUCAAUGAAGCACCUUUCAACAUCACCAAAAUGUAGUUUAAUGCUAUGGUCAAUGCUUACAAUUUUCUUGCUUUUUUAAAUUCUUGAUUGGAACAACACAGCAAAAACUAGUUUUUUGUUAUUGAUGUGAAAAGAAAGGACCCAAACAAUUGCGGAUUGAUUGCAGCUCCGAUGAUAUGAUCAUUUUGCAUAGCUUACAUUGAUGCUGGUAUUUUUGUUGUCUCUUGUUAAUGACAUGUUUACGAUUCUACAUUCAAGUCUAUUCGUACUUGAAAUGCUGUAAGAAAUGGAGAGAUUGCUUGGAUUAUGAUUUUGAAAUUAUUUCAUAAGUGAAUGUAUCUCUGUCGGUGCAGCUAUUAAGAGGCAAAGUCCUAUGGACAUACACUGUAAAUUUCUCUGACGUGGGAAAUCUGUUGUGGGUUAUUCUGUGUUUCUAGAAAUACAGCAGUUUCUUUAGCUCUACCAGUUUGCCAUUCUUGAUGUUUCUGUUUGUUUUCUAAAGCCGUUGCAGUGAAAACUGUCGUCGGAAUGGGAAUAGUACAAUUUCUGUAAGUUUUACUCUUGAAAUAGUGAAAACUUUGUUGAAGAUUUUUUUGCUGGUGCACCUUGAUGGUUUUUCUGUACUACUGUGUUUUAGACAGACAAAGGGGUUCCACUGAGGCUUUGUUGAUUGAUGUCAUAACUCAUUACAAUAUGUCUGACCCUUUUAUAUCCCUUAAAAAUUUUUUUUUCACAUUUACGCCAUUUUAGUGGAUGAUGAGUGAUUAAGUAAAUUGCACACAGGUCAGUUAUUGGAGAAAGAAACAAUUUAUGACUCUGACACAGCAUACCAAAUGAUGUGAAUGCCUUACCAAUCCGUAUGUUAAUCACAGUAUUGUUUGAGGAUGGUUUGACUUGGCAGCUAGCAUUUUUCAUUCCCAGGAAAUAAGUUUGUAUGUAAUCAUAAAAAAGCCACAAAUAACCCCAUUAAAAGGGAUCCCCCCCCCCACUCACCCUCCACCUUUAGUAUCAGUUGAAGAGGAAGGAGUGUGAAAAAAAAUUAUGAUCGAUGAUUAAUUGCUUGGUGUGUGCGGAAAUUGCAUCUUUAUGGCCUCUUAAGCAGAGCAAUAUAGAUAGCAAGGAUGUGAGGAAGCCGAUGGAUAAAAAAAAAAAGAUGGGCAGCUUUAUGUAUGCAAAUUUUAUUCAUUUUUCUUGAUAUCAUCUCUACUUCACUGCUGGGCUCAGGAAGUACCUAUCAUUUUACGAUGGGUUUUUAUGAUGAUCAUAAGGGAGGUAAAUGCAUUUUUGUAAACAUCUGCUUCGUCUGCAGUUAGUGUUAAAUAGAUCAGAGAUAGCAAAGAAGGAGAAAGAGUGAAGGAGACCGACCGACAGACAGACAGACAGACAGACAGACAGACAGACAGACAGACAGACUGACAAUGACAGAGAGAGAAUGAGAAAAACAGGAAGAAAGAAAAUAUCUAUAUUCUUGUAGAUAUUCAUUUCUCAUAUGAAUACUCUUCGUUUCCUAGCUCAAUGCUUCCCCAACUCUGCAGGCUUUCAACACUUUCCAGUGCUCAAGUGUAGAUGAAUACUUUCAUGUUUUCCUUUUUAGUAAGGAAUGGUUCCCAAAUCAUUCUUUGUUCAGCUUUGAGAGCUGUGUGUGUGACUUUAUUCAUUCUUUUAAUACAUUUUAUUCUUUAAACUUGCUGUGCUGAGGUGGCAUGUGUAAAUUUGUCUCCACAAAAUCUCUGAUGCGUGUAUAAAUCUGUUUUAUCAAAGUGACAUGAAGUAUGAAUGAGAUGCCACAGUGGUCUGAGGUAUCUAGUUGUGGGUGUGGUGUAUGGCGUAAACACAAUGCCUGUUGGUUGGUCAGUUUGUGCAUAUUAUGUUUGAACGAGAUUCACUUUAUCUCGUUUCGUACAUUCUAGAUUUUUAUUUUUUAUCCUUAGUGAUCUAUAUUUGAAAUCUGUGCUGUUUUACAUGUUUCUGGAGGUGUUCCUUUUUAUGUUCCGUGCACUUAUUCAUUAUUAUCCUCUCCUUGUAAGUUACAGACAACAUAUUUGCUUUGGAGUAAGAAAAGCUUGUACGUUGUUUGCAACUGGUCCGAUGUGUCAUUGUAAAUUGGAAGGAGCUUCUAUGAGUACUGGUGCUGUUUUAUACUUCUAGGUACAGACAUGUGAGUUCUUGUAUGUUAAUGCUGGCAUUGCUGUUGUGGUGCACGUUGGUGUAAGAAUACUACAUUGUCACUUGCCACGUUUUAUGUUAACUUUGAGCAUGUCAUAAGGAAAUGUAAUGACUGAGUCAUUUGUACAAAAACCUUCAAGCACCCACUGCUAUUGUUGCACUAUCUAAUCAGCGAAUGUCAUUAUAAAAAAAAAAAUCCUCUUUUCGUUUGAAGGGAGUCAACGAAAGUGUUCCUUUUCUGCCAAAAUGUUGUAUUGUAUAUAUAAAGAUUCUGAAUGUUGAACUUGUGUGUUUUAGGUCUUGCCCUAACUUACUUUGAUGUGAGUAGGCCAAGGGUCAGAAUUUACAGGUGUCGAAAUUUUUUUUUUAAAGGACCUAUUCUAAGGGCAAUAACUUGGUCACAUUUUUGCACCAAUUUUAACAAAACUUCAAACAAAUAAAAUUCACCCUAAAGGAUAUCACAUUUGGUCAAUUUGAAGAAAGUCAAUACAUUUGUUGGGGAAAUGUGUAAAAAUUUCAACCAGAAUUGGGUAAAGUGCAAAACUUUACUUGUUUGAUGCAUUCAUCUACAAGGACGUGAUUGGUUCAAUUUGGUUUCAGGAAGAGGAGGGUAAAGCCAUGAGUGUCAGUCACAUCUCAUAAAUAUCUCGCCCUGUUAAGAAAAGUUUGGAGACAUUCAUCAUCAUCAUCAUCAUUGCCUUUCUCACCCUGGGGCAGGAUAUAGGCCACAAACAAACACUCUCCACCUUUCCCUAUCCGGGGCUAGUCGAUUGAAGUUUUGAGAGAUUAAGGGAGAGGAAAGUGUUAUCCUGUGGAAGAGGCCGGGUCCAGUGGGAUAGGACCACACCCUAAUGUCAAGAGUGGCCCCUGAAAUGGCCGCAAGAAAGGUUUGAGAAAUGACUCCUAAGCCGAAAGUUUACAAAUGAAUGGUCACUACAUUCCCACUACUCGAACCUUCUCAAUUAUUGCCUUUGUUUGUUUUGGGUUUUUUUGUUUUUGUUUAAAACAAAGUCUACAGAAACAACCCACAUACAAUCGAACAGUUGAAAUUCAAUAUUGAGCACAUCCAAAAGAAUCGACCCAGAAACAUGCCAUAGGGUUAUUCAAUGUUUCCAGUGGCGUAUUUGAGCGUGUUAGGACAGAGAUGGUCAACACCUUGAGCAUACAACUUAAAUAGUCGUCACCUCCCAAGAGUGUAUUUGGCAAUGUCAGUUUUAUAUAUAAAUUUGAUCUUCAAUGCCCAAGGACACUAUUGGUUGAGUUCUAAGAAAUUGUAAAGUUGGUUGAGGAUUUUAAACAUUUUUUGAAUAUUUAAAUCUACAUUGAAUUUUUUCAUAUUGACAAAUGCCAUAUCCCCGUGGUUGAAUUUUAUUUCUUCAAAGUUUUGUUAAAAUUGAUCAAAUGAUGAUUGAGGUAGUUCCCUUUAAAUGGGUCUUUUUUUAAAAAAUAGACACUCGGUACCAUCUACAUCAGAUGCAUCAUAUCUACUUUUGUUGUCUGACAGUACUCAUAUUGAGUUGAGUUUCCAUUCAAGUUCCUCAUAAUUACACGUAAAAUGAUCUUGCGUUGAGUAAGACUUUCCUCUGAUGUCGUCUAAGUGCCAGUAACACUUGUGAUCUAGUUCUUAUUCUUUCAUUGGCUGAAUUAAAAGUCCAGGGCCAAAUGGUUCCAUGUGUUAUACAUUACUACUAUAGAUGGAAUGUUUUGACUCUGGGCUUUCAAAAUAUUGCAGAGGAAAUGUGACUGUUUGGAUUUAAUGUGCUUUUGUGCAUGUGUGGGUCUAUGUUCAUGUUCUUACGCAUUUGUAUGUAUGUGUGUGUGUGUGUGUGUGUGUGUGUGUGUGUUUGUGUGUGUGUGUUUUGUUUGUUUUUUGGGGGAGUAAAGAACAUUUAUUGAAAGCUGAGCAGAGAAGACAGAAAGACAAAAUGAGGAGAAACACAUUUUUUUAAAAAUGA